CCAAAAAGGAGUGAAUAAAAUAUUCUGGGCUUUCAAGGUUACAACUAAAGUGCAAGAAACAUCGUCGAUAUAAAUCCUAAAAUACACCCAUAUUUAGAAAUAGUUUUCACAAAGCAAUCACUCACCAGAGAAUAAAGAAACAGACCACACUAGCAAGUAAAGAACGGCCUCGUUGCCACAAAGGGGAGGUGGCUGACAUACACACAGAGAGUACACGGACAUCACCCCAACCAAAUAGCUAGUGGAGACAAGUGCUGCUCAAUUAGACAAGGGUGGGAGUGACUGAAUUGAUUACGCGCAGGCACCGAUCGUGUGAGAGUGUAGAGUUCUGCCAAAAGAAAUGUCGGAAAGCAGGACUGUUGAGCCGGCAGGGACACAGAAUGGAUCCCACGGCUGCGGGGAUCAUCCAGCCGGGAAUCGGUGUGUCGCUGUCGGCAACAAAGUGACAGUGGUACUCGGUGCUCAGUGGGGUGAUGAGGGAAAGGGGAAAGUGGUGGAUUUGCUUGCUCAGGACGCGGACAUCGUCUGCAGAUGUCAGGGUGGUAACAAUGCUGGGCACACUGUGGUGGUGGAUUGCGUUGAAUAUGACUUCCACCUUCUACCGAGUGGUAUUAUCAACCCCAAUGUCACCGCAUUUAUUGGUAAUGGAGUAGUGAUUCAUCUGCCAGGACUCUUUGAAGAGGCAGAAAAAAAUGUAAAUAAGGGAAAAGGUCUUGAGGGCUGGGAGAAGAGACUUAUCAUUUCAGACCGAGCUCAUAUUGUAUUUGAUUUCCACCAAGCCGUCGAUGGAGUUCAGGAGCUGCAGAGGCAACAGCAAGCAGGGAAAAAUUUGGGAACCACGAAAAAGGGGAUCGGCCCAGUGUACUCAGCUAAAGCUGCUCGCAGUGGACUCAGGAUAUGUGACCUUUUGUCCGACUUUGACGAUUUCACUGAAAGGUUUAAAGUCCUGGCCCACCAGUACAAAUCAAUGUACCCAACCCUGGAUAUUGAUGUAGAUGGAGAAUUAGAAAAACUAAAGGUGUAUGUGGAGAGGAUAAAGCCCAUGGUGCGAGAUGGAGUGUAUUUCAUGUACGAAGCUCUGCAUGGGCCGGCCAAAAAGAUCUUGGUGGAAGGCGCAAAUGCAGCACUCCUUGAUAUUGACUUUGGUACUUACCCCUUUGUGACCUCGUCCAAUUGCACAGUUGGGGGUGUCUGCACUGGCCUGGGGAUGCCGCCCCAGAAUGUGGGAGAAGUGUAUGGAGUCGUCAAGGCGUACACCACAAGAGUGGGGAUUGGUGCCUUCCCUUCUGAACAGAAUAAUGAGAUUGGUGAGUUGUUGCAGACCCGAGGGAAGGAGGUUGGAGUCACCACGGGCCGGAAGAGGAGAUGUGGCUGGCUGGACAUGGUGCUAUUGAAAUAUGCACACAUGAUCAAUGGGUUUACUGCCUUAGCUCUAACCAAACUGGACAUCUUGGAUGUGUUUCCAGAAAUAGAAGUUGGUGUUGCCUACAAGUUAAACAAUGAAUCAAUACCUCACUUUCCAGCCAAUCAAGAGGUCUUAAACAAAGUAGCGGUUGAAUACGUCACCCUACCCGGCUGGAACACAGACACGACCAGUGCUAGGACAUUUGAGGAGCUGCCAGAAAACGCACAGAGAUAUGUUAGGUUUAUUGAAGAACACCUUGAUGUGCCUGUCAAGUGGAUCGGUGUGGGCAAAUCUCGAGAGUCAAUGAUCCAGCUGUUUUGAAGACUUUGCUUCCUUGUCACCAGCAGCUUCUUUGGGAUCUGCAAAGAGAAGAGGGGUGGGAGCAUACAGACAGUGUUGCAUGUAGACAUUUUACCAGUGUUGGACAUUCUAGUAUUCAUUAGCAACAGAAUCCUGUAGUGCAAUAACAUUGACUCAUAGGAGUGAUAGUCGUAUCCGCAGCACACUCCUUGUACAGAAAUCUUUUUUUUUUUUGGCGUUGGAUUAAAUUACCAAAAACAUUUCACUCUGUAAUACUGUGUUACAGCAUUUAGCUGUCCUCCUGGACAUUUUUCUUGGAAUUAUAACCCAUGUACUUAAAAUAGCUUAUAAAGGGUUGUAUUUUCAGUUAUAGGAAUUCAUAGGUUUCCUGACAUAAAUGCCAAAAACCAUUAUAGAAAAAUCCCAUUUUUGUAAUAAAUUAGUCACAGUUGCUUUAUAUUUUGAGGCUUUUAUUACUGCUCCAAGACAAUUAAUACAACCCAUAAAUAAAACUUGUAGUACAUCUUAAAAUAGUACUUGAAACACCCUUGAGUUACUAAAAUAAAUGAGUUUGUUUUACAAGGUUAUCACAAGCUCAUCCUAGCCUUGGAUUAACUACAAUUUAAAUCUAGCUGUCUAGCACAUAUGAGUUAUUAAGCAACUGAAGAUAUUACUAGUACAAAUGAUACGUUAAUCAGCCUAAUGUUCUAGCAUAAUUCUGGGUUAUAGCAAUAGAAAUGGGUUUUUCAGUUGACUCGUCUCCUAGUGCUCUAUUACGGCAGCUGUAGUCUGAGGGCACACUAACAAAUUUUAGGUGCCGAAAGAUUUUCUGUUAAAUAUUUUACUGUAACUUUAAACAUUUAAUUUAAUAUAGACGUCAAGAACCAUUAGUCAGUGUAAUUAAGUAGACAUACGUGGUUUGGGUUAAAAAGCUAGGAAAUGUCUGUGAAUAAAGGGGGUUUCAAUGCAUGUACUGUUUUUUUUAUGUGUCCUGAAAUGGGUUGUUUCCAGCUUAAUUUUAAAUCUUGAGGGUGGUGUUGAAAGCAAUUGGACUAUGAAGGUGUAAUGGCUUAGAGAUACUUAACACUCAUUUAGACAAAUAACAUUUUUGUCCCUCGUCAUUUUGCUAAAUACUUGUUUAAGGCUUUUUUACAUGCUUUAGUUUUAUUCGGGUGAAUCCAAUGUAUCCUGCCAGUACACUGUAAACAUGGCCCAUUGCCCUGGUUUUACCAAGACUUUUUGGGUGUCUAGGUCCUAAUGCAGUACUGCACAGCUAUGGCUAAAAAAUUUGCAUCACCUAGAAUUUUAGAAUUGAGUCUAAAAAAAAAAAAAAAAAAACCUGAUAUGAACAUAAGUUAGAUA